CUGUUCCUAGAUGGAGGUCAGAGACAAACACAGUAUAGUAGAAGAACAGGAGAAGAACAGAAGAAAGAAGUGGUAUUAAUGUGGCACCAGCAUGCUCUAAUCACUGCUCUGUGACUUAAAAAACACCUGGAUGAGAAAAAGCUCCUCCCACCUGCGCUCACCUCCACUCUCCACUCUUUGACUACCUGAGACCAAUGGCAAAGCCUGACCCGAACGACCCCCCUCCUCCAUACUACUCUGUUGGGUUGCACACCCAGCCCCCCCUCAAGCCCUAUGAGGAGGUGGUUUAUGGUGUGGGUCCAGGCCUGACACCCCUCAGCUAUCCACAUUACAUUCCCCAGUAUCCACCGCCUGUGGUUGUUCCGCAAGUCACACGGUCUAGCAUACCCCCCAGCAGUAAGAGGAGGAGAUGCUGCAAGAGUAAUUCACAGUGCUACGGAGGGUCAGGGGGAACCUUACUGGUGCUCGGUCUGCUUGCAGUGGCCAUCUGGCUUGGAGUUCGUUAUGGCACCCGGUUGGCAACAGCAGCAAACCACCACGAUGAGUACGAUGAUUACGAAGAGGAAGAUAAGCAAAGAUAUGACAUCUGCCCCAACACUAGUGUCAUAUGUGAUGCGAAAAUAGACUGCCAGCUGGGAUCUGACGAAACAAACUGUGUGAGGUUUGACAAGGACAAUGGUCUGCAGGUCAAGACAUCUCAGGAUGGCCGCUUCCUUCCAGUGUGCUACGAAGACUGGAACAAAAACUAUGCUGAUGAAACCUGUGCUCAGCUAGGACUCAGAAAGUCAUAUGUCAUCGAAGCAGUUAAAUCCGAGGGGGCCAGUGUUUUAUCAUUGACAGGCAGAACAUCUUCGCUUCUUCAGGGUCGGGUUAAAGUCAGUUCAUCGUGUCCAAACCAGGAGACUGUCUCACUGCAGUGUGUGGACUGUGGCCGCCAGAAGACUACGUCCCGGAUCGUUGGGGGCAGCGCGGCUAAGGAGGGCCAGUGGCCUUGGCAGGUGUCACUGCACUUCAGAGGAUCCCACGUCUGCGGUGGAGUCCUUAUCUCUCCCGAUUUCGUACUGACUGCUGCCCACUGCUUUCCAAGCAGCAACUCUUUAUCCCUCUCGACAGAGAACUGGAAAGUGUAUGUUGGAUUGAUGUCUCUUGACAGACUCACUCAGCCCUACGUGGUUAAGAGGAUUAUACUCAACGAGAACUACAACAGCAAAACUAAUGACCAGGAUGUCACUCUACUCAAACUAACAUCCCCAGUUACUUUCAAUGAUAAUGUGCAUCCAGCUUGCCUGCCAGCUUUUGACCACAAAUUUAGCGAUGGAACCGCAUGUUGGACCUCAGGUUUUGGCACCACUAAGUCAGGAUCAAGCACUGUCUCCAAGGAACUGAUGGAAGUGACUGUCAAAAUCAUAACACCAAGUGUGUGUAACAGUCCCAUUGGGUAUCAAGGCGCUGUAACCAAGCACAUGCUCUGUGCUGGUGAUAUGGAUGGAGGCAAAGACUCCUGUCAGGGGGACAGUGGUGGACCCCUGGUGUGUAAGGGAGACAGCCGUUGGUACCUGGCUGGGAUUACAAGCUGGGGAGCUGGCUGUGGGGAAAAAAACAAACCUGGUGUUUACACCAACGUCAAAAGUGUUCUGCCCUGGAUCUACAGCAAAAUGCAGCAAGAGAAGCCAUGAUGUCUCUUUGUAUCCUGCUGGGGUGUAACCCCCCCCACACACACAGACACAAUAAACCCUGCACCUGAAAGGUGGAAGAAUUUACACAUACAAGAAGGAAAUGAUGAAAAAGAUACUUUGGGCAGAAGUUGAAAUGUUGCAUGCAGGAUAAAACUCACAACUUGGACAAAUGACCUCUGUCUUAGCGUUCUGCAUCUUCCAUAUUUAUACUCUGUCAUAAGUGUUUUGUGACCUGAACCUGAUUGAUGAUACACACCAAUUGAUGCACUUCAGUCUUGCCUCCUUGAUUUUGUUCUGUCUGUUGUUGUCUCGGUUAUGAAGUAUACUUGUGUUUACAUACAUGUGAAACAAGCUUUGAAUAUGGCUGGCCCUUAUCCUAUGAGUUCUGUGCCAAUGAAACCCAGUCCAUUACUGUGAUCUACUUUAUUAGUUUAACAAUGAGAAAAAUGAUUUAUGAUUGAUAGGUGUGUUGUUUGCUGAGGCACACAUCUGGGAUGUUUCAAUGCAGAAAAAGGGACACUUUAUUUUGUAUAUACUUUGUUUUAAAAAAAACGUGACUCUCUAAAUAAGCUUGGACUCUGCCUGUGCAACUCUGUGCACCUUUAUACCCACAUUGUGAAGUUUUUAAGAACAGGUUCUCCUGAAAUUCAAUGUCAAAGUGUGGGUUCUCCGUGCCAUAUUCAUAUGCAUUGGUCAUUUUGUGUAACAUAAUAUAGUGGCUAAUGUGUGGAAUCAAUGGGCAAUGUACUGAUCACAAAUACAAUAAAGAUUAAGCAAGCAUAAGCUUUCAAUCACA